GUGCCAUUUAGUUUGAUUUUGUCUGCGGACAACAUCGGUUUAUAAACAAAAUUUCUGAUACUAUGAAUAACUCUUUCUGCAAUGAUGACGACUCUUCAUCAAAGUCAAAAUUGUGCGACAGCCAAACAUUGGAACAGACAAUGGAAAGUAAAGUGCUCGAACUUGAGUUUAGACUACGAAAGUCGGAAACUGAUUUGUUGAUUGCUAAUGAAAAAAUUGCAAUAUUCGACGACAAAAUUAAGGACAAAAACGAGAUAAUCGAAACUAUAAAAAUGUCGGGUCAGCUUUAUAAAACUGAAUACAAAGAAAAGAUUGAUACUCAGGCUGACAAAAUAAGAAAGUUGGAAGAGGAAUUGUCCACAACAAAGCAAAAGAAUUUACAACUUGAUAGAGAAAUUGUGGAACUAAUGAAAGAAUCUACGUCUAAUAAAAAAUUAAAACGCACUAUAUUUUUUUUGAAGGAAGCCGAAAAGGAAAACAGUAACAUAAUAACUUCUCUGAGAGCUCAGAUAUCAGAUCAAACAUGCCCAAAAAAUGAAAAAAAAUCGAAAGAGCUUGAAGCUUCCCUCAGAAAUCAAAUUAAGCAGAAAAACGAAACACAGGCAAAGCAUAAAGAUCUUAUAGCUUCUCUCAAGGCUCAGUUAAACCAACAAAAAAUAACUGAAAGCAAAAACCAACUUCUUAUAGCUUCUCUAAAAGAACAACUGAGUGAGAAAAGCGAAGAAGGAAAUUCAGAUACGAAAGAUUCUCUCAUGUGUCAGUUAGCGGAGAAAGACGAAGAAAUUGCCAAAAAAGAAAAAGUUAUAGGAUCUCUAUUGUCUCAGAUAAAGUUGUAUGAAGAUCACAUUACCUUUCUAGAGGUACAGGGAUGGGAAAUGUGUAAAAAGAUGAAAAAUGACGAUCCGUUGGUUCCCCAAGAAUCACACAAAAGUUUAGAAGCCGACAGCGAACCCAGUGCCCCUGAAAAAUGGACCUUUCAACCGCUAUUUAAUAAAUUACGUAAAUUUUAUGAUAAGUAAUCAAACAUCUCCCUUAAUGCCACCCAUUUUAUUGUGUUAACACAUCAAAAAUAUAAAAAAUUAUCAAAGGAUUCUAUUUGUUAAAUAA